AUGGCUGCCGAAAACAAGCCGGAAGGACUGAAGAAAAUCCGUAAUCCGGAUCGAAUGUACAGAUCAUCUGUGUGUUAUGCUGCCCAUGCUGCCCCUAAGAGUGUCAGUGAUGACACAGAGAUGAACAAUGAACAUGGACAUUUGAAAAUAUACCUGCCUAAAAAGCUGCUUGAAUGUCUACCAAAAUGCUCCUCGUUGCCAAAAGAGAGACACAGGUGGAACACAAAUGAGGAAAUCGCAGCUUACUUGAUUACAUUUGAGAAGCAUGAAGAAUGGUUAACAACAUCCCCUAAAACAAGGCCACAGAAUGGGUCGAUGAUUCUGUACAACAGGAAGAAGGUGAAGUACAGAAAGGAUGGCUACUGUUGGAAGAAGAGGAAAGAUGGGAAGACCACACGGGAGGAUCACAUGAAGCUGAAAGUGCAGGGAGUGGAGUGUCUCUACGGCUGUUAUGUCCACUCCUCCAUCAUCCCCACUUUCCACCGCAGGUGCUACUGGCUGCUCCAGAACCCAGACAUUGUGCUGGUCCACUACCUGAACGUGCCAGCUAUAGAGGACUGUGGGAAGCCAUGCGGGCCGAUUCUCUGUUCCAUUAACACGGAUAAAAAAGAGUGGGCCAAGUGGACCAAGGAGGAGCUCAUCGGACAGCUCAAGCCCAUGUUUCAUGGCAUCAAGUGGACUUGCAGCAAUGGGAACAGCAGCUCUGGCUUCUCUGUGGAGCAGCUGGUACAGCAGAUACUGGACAGCCACCAGACCAAGCCACCUCCCCGGACUCACAACUGCCUCUGCACAGGCACACUGGGUGCUGGGAGCAGUGUGCAUCAUAAGUGUAACAGCGCCAAACACCGCAUCAUCUCUCCCAAGGUCGACCCACGCUCUGGUGGCUACAGCAGUGCCCACUCUGAGCUGCAGAAUAACGAUGUGUCUGAGGGAAAGACGGAACACAGCCACACGAGCAGCAAGGCCAGCGGAGGAGGUGGCAGCGCCAGGGAAAAACGCAACGGUAAAGUGCCCAAACCAGUCCUGCUGCACCAGAACAGCACUGAGGUUUCCUCUACCAACCAGGUGGAAGUGCCUGAUACCACCCAGAACUCUCCCGUGUCCAUCAGCAGUGGGUUGAACUCUGACCCCGAUAUGGCCGACAGCCCUGCUGUGACGGGAAUGGGCCACGUGGCUUCGGUUAUGAGCAGUCUGUCUCAAAGCGUCUUCAUGUCGGAAGUCACAGGCGACCCCGUCUACAGCAUGUCCCCCACUGGAGGUCCCAACAGCCACAUUAUGGGCCCAGAAGCCACCUCCCAUGGCCUGGUCUUAGCUGUCACUGCUGACACUCACAAGUUCGCCUUUCCUGGUGGUGGGGGUGCAGAUGGCAGUGGUCCAGGUGGGUCAGAGGGUCUUUCCAUGUUGUCUACAGCCGGGGUGUCUGAGGAACUGGUUCUUUCCAGCAGCUUGGAUUCUGGGGGCAUUAAGCUCCCUGAGACCACCAUGAACUUUGAUCCAGACUGCUUUCUUAACAAUCCCAAGCAGGGUCAGACAUAUGGCGGCAGCGCACUGAAGGUAGAGAACUCCUCAAGCACUUCCUCCUCCUCUGCUACCACUGGUAGCACUAAUGGCAACCUCCAGCGUUCACCCUCCAUGUCUGACAACAGUUAUGGCUUCAGCUCUAGCCUGAUUAAGAACAUCAAAACAGAGGACACCUCCUUUGAGCAGCAGCUGGCCAAGGAGGCAGGCUACCAGGUCGGGCCAGUAGGGAGCUGUGGGAACAGUGUGUCUGGUUCUGGUGGUUCUGGCUCCCAGAAUUCGCUCACUCUUACUCCUGCUGGCUCUCUCCUGCCCUCUGGAGGGGGUCUUAGUCCAAGCACCACACUGGAGCAGAUGGACUUCAGUGCCAUUGACGCCAAACAGGACUAUUCCUCCGGCGCUGCAUCUGUUGGUUAUAACCAGGCCAUGUCCAGCCCACACCUGACCCACCAGAACCGUUCUCCCAGCUUCUUCCUCCAGGACACUCCACAGUCCAGCCAGUCUCAGCAAGGCAGGCAGAACUCCAGCCAGCACAAUUCCCACGAUGGGGCUUACAUGGGCCUGCAAGUGGUUAAGAGUGAUUCUCCAGGCAGCAAUGGUCACCUCCCCCACCACCACUCUCAUCAGAGCCAGCACAGAGCAAACUGCAAUGGUGGCUCUCCCACCGAAGGGCCCGGGCAAGCGGGAUCUCUGCAACUGCUCCAGUAUCAAGGCGGCUUUCCCAGCUUGGGGCCUGAACACGAGGAGGUUGUUGGCCUGGAACAGUCUGCAAGCGCAGGCUCUGGCCAAGCCAGGGUUUCGGAGAACGGAGCCGACAGCCUCCUAAAAGCUGGAGAUCAUUUACAAGCCUGUGGAGGGAGCAGUGCGGAGGGAGGAGGCACAGAGCAUUACCUUCAGCAGAACACUGACAACGCAGGAGGAGGAGACCCUGUGGCACUGAGGAACGGCGGUGGCACCACUAGUUCUAACAGCACCACCCAGCAGCAGUUGCAACCCCUGCUUCAAGGAGCCGGCCUUGUACAGGGGCUCUACAAUACGGUGGCAGCCCACCAGGGUCUGAGCGGACAGGGUGCCAGCAACACAGGCGGAAGUGCUAUGGAGAUCAACCUGGAUCACUUUGACAUCUCCUUUGGUAACCAGUUCUCUGAUCUUAUCAAUGACUUCAUCUCUGUGGAUGGAGGAGCAACAACAGUGGGGCCUGGUGGUACUCUCUACACCCAUCAGCUUGUAGCUCCACCUGGAUCAGAUGGGCAGACAGCCUCUGGUGGAAACCAGCAGCAGGAUCAGGAGGAUGGGGGAAACAGGGCAGCAGGAUACAGCCCAUCAGAGCUCUGUCUCCAGCCCUGCUGCAGUCCCCAGUCCCUGGGGACUGGGGCGAAUGGUAGCGGAGCCUCAGGAGAGGCAGGCUCACUGGCUUACAUGCAUGUAGCUGAGGUGGUGUCUGCAGCAGUGGCCCAGGGUGCUCUGGGAAUGCUGCAGGCCACUGGGCGUCUGUUCAUGGUUACUGACUACUCACCAGAGUGGUCCUAUCCUGAGGGAGGCGUAAAGGUAUUAAUCACAGGGCCGUGGCAGGAGGCCAGCAGUAACUAUAGCUGCCUGUUUGAUCAGAUCUCUGUUCCUGCCUCACUUAUCCAGCCUGGAGUCCUGCGCUGCUAUUGCCCAGCUCAUGACACAGGGCUGGUAACCCUACAGGUGGCAGCCAGUAAUCAGAUCAUCUCUAACUCUGUGGUGUUUGAGUAUAAGGCCCGUGCUUUGCCCUCUCUGCCAUCCUCUCAGCAUGACUGGCUCUCUCUCGAUGAUAACCAGUUCAGAAUGUCCAUCUUGGAGCGUCUGGAGCAGAUGGAACGCAGGAUGGCAGAGAUGGCUGGACACCAGCAGCAGGGCAGUGGAGGAGCAGCCGGAGCUGGUGCAGGAGCAGGAGGUGGUGGAGGAGGCACAGGAGGAGGUGGAGGAGGAGGCAGUGGCGGAAACAAAAGCCAAGCUAGCCAAUGUGUAUCGGGUCAGGGCCAGGCAGGCAGUUCGUUUGAGAGCCGUGUGGUGGUGGUGUGUGAGAAGAUGAUGAACAGGGCCUGUUGGACUAAGUCAAAACAUCUGAUUCACUCUAAAACCUUCAGAGGAAUGACUCUGCUCCACCUGGCUGCCGGGCAGGGCUACGCCACCCUCAUCCAAACUCUCAUCAAAUGGCGCACAAAACAUGCAGAUAGCAUUGAUUUAGAGCUGGAAGUAGACCCUCUGAAUGUGGACCAUUUCUCCUGCACCCCUCUGAUGUGGGCCUGUGCUCUGGGUCACUUAGAGGCUGCAGUGGUCCUGUAUAAGUGGGACCGAAGAGCGCUGGCCAUCCCAGACUCCCUGGGUCGUCUGCCGCUGUCCAUUGCCCGUUCACGUGGUCACACCAAACUGGCCGAGUGUCUGGAGCAGCUACAAAGAGAGGAGCAGCAGACACCAUCAUCUCUUCCACCUCCUCCCAACUCCCGCAUGGCCUUCAGUUCUAACCCAGACACCCCCACCUCCGACAGCUGGAUGGUCAAUUGGGCAAACGACGCAGCAGUGGCUCCCAGUGGGCAGAAAGGUGGAGCAGCCACCACCACCACAACUUCCUCCUCCACCACCACAAAUCCUGACUUGAGAAGGCCCAGAUCUGAGCCAUCCAACUACUACAGCAGUGAAUUUCAGAGGGAUCUCCCCCAAGCCAAGAAACACAAGCCAAACCCAGAGCAGGCACAGAAGCGACCGGACAAGGCUACGUCCGUGCCCCUCAACCUGGAACUGCAGCAGGUCCGAAAGCUUUCAUCUAGCCCCAAGACCUUGUCCCCCGACCCACCCAGCCCAGACAGGACCGGACCUGAAUGCGGAGGGACCGGGGGUGUAUCACAGGUCAAACUGGGCUCUUUCUGCUCCGGAGGACAAAAGUGGAGUUCCAGAGAGGUUUAUUCGGGGGCUGCAGGUAGGAAGGCCUCAGCUGUCAGCGGAGGUGGUGGUGGAGGGAGCAGCUUGGGAAAGGAGAAGCUGGCCAGCCGGCUGCGUCAGCGAGGAGAACCCCUCAGUGUGCUGGUGAUGUCCGACAGUGAGAUGGUGGACACAGAACUACUCUCCUACAAGGAGGACCUGGAGAACCAGGACUGCCUCGCACACAUGGAGGACUUACAGGCAAAUAUGAUGACACUGGCAGAACACAUUAUUGAGGCCACCCCUGAGCGUAUAAAGAGGGAGAACUUUGCAAACAUGGACUCCAUACCCCUGGACAGCACCGGAGUUAGCAACACUAUGAGCUGGCUGGCCAGUUACCUUGGAGACGCUGAACACCUGCCCAGCAUCAUACAUCUGCGGUCGCUGUAUAGUGAUCCCCUCACACACUCCUCCAACCCUAACCUGAGUCCGGGGGGCUCCCCACUGCGUGAGGGCUCCUUUGAGAAGCCCACCUUGCCCUCCCCAGCUGACUGGAGCGAGUUCCUCAGCGCCUCCAACAGUAAAGUGGAGCGGGAGCUGGCCCAGCUGACCUUAUCUGACCCCGAGCAGAGGGAACUGUAUGAGGCCGCCCGUCUGGUGCAGACAGCCUUCCGCAAGUACAAGGGACGCCCACUGCGAGAGCAACAGGAAGUAGCAGCUGCUGUCAUUCAGCGCUGUUACAGGAAAUAUAAACAGCUAACAUGGAUAGCCUUGAAGUAUGCACUUUAUAAGAAGAUGACGCAGGCCGCCAUCCUAAUUCAGAGUAAAUUCCGGAGUUACCACGAACAGAAGAAGUUCCAGCAGAGCCGCCGGGCAGCCAUGCUGAUCCAGCAAUACUACCGCAGCUACAAGGAGUUUGGCCGACUCAGACCCCACCACAGAGCAGCCACUGCCGCCCUGGUCCAGCACAAACUGAGAAGCAGUUUGCUCACUAAGAGACAGGACCAGGCUGCCCGCAAGAUCAUGAGGUUCCUCCGCCGCUGUCGCCACAGCCCCUUGAUGGACCGUAGACUGUUCAAGCGGAGUGAAAGAAUUGAGAAAGGCCAGGGAACAUGA